ACCCGUUUCUGCUGAAUUGAUCAUCAUUUCCGUCCUUUUCCCCGUAUCAAUUUGUUAAAGGGCUCUGAAAACCUGGGUUUUUCUGUUCAAUUGUUUUGGCGUAAAAUUUACGUAUUUAUAGUUCUGGUCAUCCUUUUGUUAUAUUCCAUUCCACAUUAUUAUUUCGACAAAAUUUCACCAAAAAUAUUUAUGGUAGAUGUGUUAUGACUUUAUUACACUCUGCUCUUUAUUGCUUUAAGAGGUCGCUAAUUUUCCUCAGGCUGAAAUGGAUGAAUAAAUUACGAGAAAACACGGUUUACUUUGAGUUAGCUUAAAGAUUUUCAAUUCCCAACAUUAUACUUGUUCUGCAUUGAAUUCGCGGAAUUUUCGUCGAAAUAUAGAAGUUCUUGCUGUUACAUGAUCCAAGUCGUCUCUUGUCAGCAAUAUUUUCUAUUUUUCAGUAUAUAAGUCAAAUUUAUUUUUUCCUUUUCCUUUUUUUCGUCGUUGGCUUUAUUGUUAUUAUUUAUAUUACGGAGUAGUAGAACUUGGUAUCAUAUUUAAAAAGUUAGAGAAUUUGUAUCCCCUCCAUAUCUUGUUAUUUUCUCUCUCCUAAAGAAAAGAAGUAUCCUCCUACAAUCUCUCUUCCCCUUUUUUUUCUCCUCUGUUUUUCUUUUCCCAUUCUUGCCUUCCAUUUUCCCUUGUUUUUUUAGAGUUUAGGGAGACCGGCUCCCUUCCUCUGUCCCUCCCUCCUCUCGAUCACCGUCGUCGUCUACUUUUCGAUCAAUUAAUUAAUCAAUCAAUCAAUUAAUCAAUCAAUCAAUUAAUCAAUCAAUCAAUUACAUCAAUUAUGGUGUUGGUUAAGAAAGGAUCAACGCAUUCAAACCUCGAUUGCUUCCUCCAUUGUACUACUCCGGUGGCGCCUUCACAAUUCCUUCCUAAGUCGGAGAUGAGGAACUUGAAUAGGUUGUGGCAUCCAUGGGAAAGAGAAAAUGUGGAAUAUUUUCGGUUAAGUGAUCUUUGGAACUGUUAUGAUGAAUGGAGUGCUUAUGGUGCUGGUGUUCCCAUUGAUCUAGACAGCGGCGAAACCCUUGUGCAAUAUUAUGUCCCUUAUUUAUCAGCUAUCCAAAUAUUUACCAGCACUCCUCCUCCUAUAUUCAGGGAAGACACUGAUUCAGCUGACGGUGAAACAAGGGAUUCGUAUAGCGAAUCGUGUAGUGAUGAGAGUGAAUUGUCGAGAUGGGAUGGAUGCUCGUCUGAAGAAGGCCCGUUUGAGCAUGAAAACUUAUUGCAAUUGAAUAAUAGGUUGGGUUACCUUUAUUGCCAAUACUUUGAGAGAUCAACUCCAUAUGGAAGAGUUCCUCUUAUGGACAAGAUAAUCGAAUUAGCUCGGAGAUACCCUGGAUUGAUGUCGUUAAAGAGUGUCGAUCUCUCGCCCGCUACUUGGAUGGCUGUUUCCUGGUAUCCAAUAUAUCACAUUCCAAUGGGGAGAACCAUUAAGGACUUGUCUACAUGCUUCUUGACUUACCACACCCUUUCAUCUUCAUUUCAAGAUAUGGACCAUGACGACGAUAUGGAGGCCCCAGAAUGGAUAAAGAAAAGAAAGGAAGGAGAAGGCAUCCCUCUCCCAGCUUUUGGUCUUGCAACUUACAAAAUGCAAGGCAGCUUGUGGGUCUCGGGUAGGUGUGGCCGGGACCAGGAUAGGGUUGUGUCACUUUGGAGUGUUGCUGAUUCUUGGCUGAAACAACUUAGAGUCCAACACCAUGACUUUAAUUAUUUCACCGGGAUUAGGAGUGGCUAAUCAAUCUCUUAACACAAAUCUUCUCCUUUAACCCCCUCACUCACUGUAGAGGAAAUUGACCCAUUUUUCCUGUGGUUUUUCUCUUCUCUUUUCUUUUCUUUUGCUUUUCUUUUUCAAAAAACACUUAUCUAGUUCCGUUUAUACCAAAACUAAAGGGUCGAAGGCCCCCCUAUAUUUCCCUGUAAUGCACAACCAAUCGUCCAUCUAAACACAAGAUACCUCUGGACUCAGUUUAUUGUUCGAGUCUCUCAUUUUAACCUACAAGAGUUAUAUAUGGGUGAAUCCGGAACAUUACUUUUCUUAAUCAACGGCUGAUUAGUAACGAGCAUAGAGCCCGAAUAGAAGUUUGUCACAAUUGUGGUAUGGACCUUACGGAGUUGAUAAGAGUAGUUGGUUGAUUUCGCCGCGUCAAUAGUGGAUGCUUUGAUAGAGUUAUUGUCCCAUCCCCAGCUUAUGGUUGUACUGGAAUAUGGAAUGGAUCAUGUCCUCUUUACCCUCUUUUUAAACUUCUCCUACUUUAUUUUUUAUCAAGUCAUCGGUGGAUUGGUCCAUAAAAUACUAUGGAUACAUAGAGUAGUGUAAAAGGCAGAACAUGUACUGUUUUCAUCUUGUUUAACUUUCGGGGGUUUGUGUUGUAUAUUCUCUCUAAUUUAAAUGUAAUGAUUAAAAGAUGCUUAAAGAUGCUAUGUAAAAAGUGUUUUUUUUUAA